ACUUGACUCCUGCUUUGUUCAACUCAUUACCGUGGUUCUCGUGUUUGACUUGUGAGAGCAGGCAGGCACUUGAAAGAUUGCCUGCGCUUCCAGGCGUGCUUCUCCAAUCGAGUGGCUUGGGAAAAAACAGGCACUUUCUAAGAGAGCUAACUGCCUGCCUUUAGCCUUGCCAGGCCCCAGGUCCUAGUUUUGGAGGUUGCUUUCCCUCCCCUGCCAGCUAACUGGCAGGGAAGCUGCAGUGCCAGUAGGAACCGUGUGCCUUUCCACUUGGGAAGGCUCGAAGAAGCUGGGGAAGGGCUUGCAUUUUGCAAGGUGCGCGCCUUCACAUUUCUGCAGGAGCCUGGGAAAAUAUUUCCCGGAACACUUUCACCUUGCAAGGGUGGAAUGCACUACCUUUCCCUGCAUUUUUCGCCUCUGAAGUGAAAUGGCUGGUCUGGUCAACUUCGAGGAUGAAGAGGAGGUGAAGGACUAUUUGGAAAAUCUGGGAGUGGAAUUCAGUUUUCAGUGCUAUAAGGAAAAGGAUCCCGACGGUUGUCAUCGUCUGGCUGAUUACUUGGAUGGGGUGAGGAAAAAUUAUGAAGCAGCUGCCAAAGUACUGAAGGAAAAUUGUGAAAACAACCAGCACAGUGAGAGCUGCUACAAACUUGGAGCUUAUUAUAUAACUGGAAAAGGUGGUCUACCAGCUGAUUUAAAAGCUGCCUACAGCUGCUUUUUGAAAUCUUGUGAGAAAGGUGGCAAGAAAUCCACGGAAGCUUGUCACAACGUUGGACUAUUGGAACAUGAUGGGCGAGGGAAUUAUGAUGAGAAGCCUAAUGCCUCCGUAGCCAGGGACUAUUACAGCAAAGCUUGUGAUGGCGGUUUUGCUCCUAGCUGCUUUAAUCUUAGUGCUAUAUAUCUUCAAGGAGCCCCUGGAGUACCAAAGGACAUGAGCCGGGCUUUGGAGUAUUCUCUGAAAGCAUGUGACUUAAGACACACAUGGGCAUGCGCCAAUGCUAGCCGAAUGUACAAACUUGGAGAUGGUGUGGAGAAGAACGAUGCUAAGGCAGAAGCCCUAAAGAACAGGGCAAUGACCCUGCACAAGGAACAACAAGCAGCUUCCAGUUCCUUAACGUUUGGGGAGUAAGCCUGGACAAGCGAUGUUAAAUCUUCUUGAAAUGCUUAGUUGUUAAAUGGUGCCCAAACGUAGGCUGCAGAUCACUCCGUAUGAGCAAGUGUUUUGCCUGUUCAAAUUGCUUCUUUUUAACAUUUUUGUGCAAAUUGCGAUUUUGUAAAUGACUUCUAAAUUCUGGAGACACUUCUUUGCAGGACAAAAAUAUCAUUAAGAUGGGAAUAUCAUAUUAAAAGCAUACACAGUGUGA